AUGGCUCCGCCAGUAUUCCCAGACAUUUCUAAAAAUGCAAAUGGUUUGUUAACUAAGGACUUUUACCAUUUGUCAAAAGCCUCUUUUGAUGUGAAGAUUGCUGCGCCAAACGGGGUAGCUGUCACUCUCAAAGGGAAAACCGGUAAAGAUGACACUCUUAGCUCCAGCAUUGAAACCAAAUACUCAGACAAGUCUACUGGUUUGACGUUAACCCAGGGCUGGAAUACCGCCAACUCUCUCAAUACCAAGGUUGAAAUUCCUGAUUUAUUAGCCCCGGGUUUGAAAGCGGAGAUCUUGACCUCGGUGGUGCCAAACAGUGCCAAAAGCGCCAAGGUUAAUGUGUACUUUUCCCAGCCAAAUGUAAAUAUUAGAGGGUUUGUUAACUUGUUGAAAGGUCCAAGCUUCAAUGGUGACUUCACUGUCGGCCAUAAUGGCUAUAUUCUUGGGUCUGAAUGCGCCUAUGAUUUCGGGAAAGGAAAACUUUCUAGAUACUCCAGUUCUAUUGGUUACAUUCAUCCAGCUUAUUCUGUUGGGAUUCAUGCCACUAAAAACUUUGAUGUUUUUUCCGCUAGUUACUUCCACAAGGUGACUCCUGCCGUAGAAGCAGGUGCCAAAGCCGUAUAUGAUGUGAAAGCCACCGAUGAGAAAAAGCCUGUUAGCGUUGAAUUUGCUACCAAGUAUUCCUUGGAUAAAACCUCGUUUUUGAAAGCCAAAUUGGCUGAUUCUGGUUUGGCUGCCUUCUCUUAUAACCAGAAAAUGAAACAGGGCGUGUCUUUGGGUGUUGGUGUUAGCUUUGAUGCUUUAAGAUUGGCGGAUCCAGUUCACAAGAUUGGUAUGUCUGUUUCCUUUGCCCGUUGA